CAAUCAGUGAGCGAAUCAUAACUUCUUUCCGCCAAUCAGGAGCGUGCCGUGCCCGCGGCAGGAGGGGAAACACGUUGUUGAACACUUUUAUUGAUUCGAGCCCCAGUUUCAGUGCGUUUCGCGGCAGAAUUGAACUGUAACAAAAAGUGCAACAUUUUCACACUUUUAUCGCAUUUAUUGAAUUAAAAUCACGUCUUCUGUUUCCAAGAAGAAGAUUACAGGUUUGCCGCCAUGUGGAUCCAGGUGCGCACUAUGGAUGGCAAGGAGACCCAUCGGGUCGACUCCCUGUCCAAGCUCACCAAGGUGGAUGAGCUCCGCGUGAAGAUCACCGAACUCUUCAACGUCGAAGCCGAGAGGCAACGACUCUUUUACAGGGGCAAACAGAUGGAGGACGGUCACACCCUCUUUGACUAUAACGUGGGUUUGAACGACAUCGUUCAGCUUCUCGUACGGCAGGCGCUCCCGAAGGCCGCUCUACCGAAGGACAAAGAGGCCGAGCUGUCCGACUCGGACUCCGGCUGCGGAUCGGCCCAGAGCGAGUCGGAUAAGGGAUCCACGCACGGCGAGAGCGACGGCCAGAGCGCCGCAACCUCAGGCCAGACCGACGCGCCGGACCUCAUCGACCCGGGCUUUGGGUUUUACAAGAUAAACGAGUUUGUAGAUGCUCGAGACUUGAACAUGGGCGCCUGGUUUGAGGCUCAGAUCGUCAACGUGACAAAAACGGCAAAGACUUCAGGGGAAGAUGGAGAAACUGAUGGGGAUGAGGAGAUCAUUUACCACGUCAAAUAUGAAGAUUACCCCGAGAAUGGCGUGGUGCAGCUGCGCGGGAAAGACGUCCGUCCGCGAGCGCGCACCGUCUACCAGUGGCACCAGCUGGAGGAGGGCAUGAUUGUGAUGGUCAACUACAACCCGGACGAGCCCAAAGAGCGCGGCUACUGGUACGACGCCCAGAUCCAGAGGAAGAGGGAGACGCGCACCCAGCGUGAGGUUUAUGGCAAAAUCCUGCUCGGGGACGCUGGUGAUUCUCUGAACGACUGUCGCAUCAUGUUCGUGACUGAGAUCUACAAGAUUGAAGAGCCAGGAAGUUCAGAUGGUCCAGGAGCCUCUUCUGACAGCCCUCUCAAGAGGUCAAACGGACCUGAGUGCAAGGUCUGCAAAGAUGACCCCAAGAAGAACUGCCGCAUGUGCAACUGUCACGUGUGUGGCGUGAAGCAGGACCCCGAUAAACAGCUGCUGUGCGAUGAAUGUGACAUGGCGUUUCACACCUACUGUCUGAACCCGCCGCUCACCACCAUUCCCGAAGACGAGGACUGGUAUUGUCCGGAAUGCCGUAAUGAUGCCAGCGAGGUGGUUCUGGCUGGAGAGAAGCUGAAGGAAAGCAAGAAAAAGGCCAAGAUGGCGUCUGCAAGCUCUUCCAGUCAGAGGGACUGGGGGAAGGGUAUGGCGUGUGUCGGCCGCACCAAACAGUGCACCAUCGUUCCCUCCAACCAUUACGGGCCCGUUCCUGGAGUUCCAGUGGGAACGCUGUGGAAGUUCAGAGUGCAGGUGAGUGAAUCGGGUGUCCACAGGCCUCAUGUCGCAGGGAUUCACGGCAGAAGUAACGACGGUGCUUAUUCUCUGGUGCUCGCCGGAGGCUACGAAGAUGAUGUGGACGAUGGUAAUGAGUUCACCUACACUGGCUCCGGGGGUCGCGACCUGUCUGGGAACAAGAGAACGGCCGAGCAGUCCUGCGAUCAGAAGCUCACCAACAUGAACAGGGCACUUGCUCUGAACUGUAACGCGGCGGUGAAUGAGAAGGAAGGCGCGGAGGCCAAAGACUGGAAGGCCGGGAAACCUGUGAGAGUCGUGCGCAGCUCCAAAGGACGCAAACACAGCAAAUACUGUCCUGAAGACGGCAACCGAUACGACGGCAUUUACAAGGUGGUGAAGUACUGGCCGGAGAAGGGCAAGUCCGGUUUCCUCGUUUGGAGAUACUUGCUUAAACGAAAUGACGACGAACCGGCGCCGUGGACCCGUGACGGAAAAGAGCGCAUUAAGAAACUGGGGCUCACCAUGCAGUAUCCUGAGGGUUAUCUGGAAGCCGUGGCUGCGAAAGAAAAGGAGAAAGAGAACAAAAAUGAAGAAGACGUUGAAGAAACGCCCACAAAGGGCAAGAGGAAGAGGAAAUCCCAGACCGUGGACGAGAAGAGUUCUCCGGCCAAAGGCACGCCUAAGAAGAUGAAAGUGGAGGCGUACAAACUGAGCAAAGAACAGAAGAACUUGAUCAAAGACGAUGAGCUGAACAAGAAGCUGUGGGACGAAGCCAUGGAGUCUCUCAGCCUCGGACCUCGCUUCCUGAACAAAGUGGAGGAAGUUUUCCUGUGCAUCUGCUGCCAAGAAGUCGUCUAUCAGCCCAUCACCACAGAAUGCCAACACAACGUCUGCAGGGAGUGCCUUCAGCGAUCUUUCAAAGCCGAGGUCUACACCUGUCCGGCUUGCCGACAUGAUCUGGGCAAAAACUACCAAAUGACGGUGAACAAACCUCUCCAAGCCAUCCUCACCCAGCUCUUCCCAGGAUACAGCAGCGGCCGGUGUUGACGCGGCGCGACAAUUCCACUAACGAAAUGGAUUUCGUUUUUUAUUAUAUUUAACAAAUGCAUCAGGUUGUAGGAUUGAUCGAAACACCUCCGCCUACUUGAUUUGGCCCUGUUUUGUGACCUGCCUCUAUCUAGCCACUCAACUUCUGUCCGUUGUAGUAAUUUCUUCUGAAUCGCAAGCUUCAUAUUUACGAAUAAAGGUGAUUCUAGCGAUCUAGCUGUGUUUUAGCUAUAGGCACUUCUUGUCCCCUACACCAGCACAAUGAACCAUAGCUAUGCACAAUUACAAUGUUCGUUAAUAAUUUUUUUUGCUGUAAUUUCAUUACAGUGAUUUGUACGAAAGCACUGGCUGUAGAAUCCCGUUAAAAUGAGCCCGUCAAGAUCAGUGCGUUUGACGUUUUUACUGUACCAUCAUUAGCGCUGAAUACAUUUAAAUGAACUAGCUAUGCAUUAUUACGACGUUUGCAGUGCUAAUAUCCUAACAACUUUUUGUCAGUGGUAUUUCGUCAUUUGUAAUGUUAACAAGCCUUCGUACGAAUGCUAUUAAGAUCGAUAAUUCGAAGUUGCCGUAGCUUUACUAGCGCACAAAAACAAAUACGAUGUUCGUUAAUCAAUUUUUCACAAGUAGUAACGAAGAUUUGUACGAAAAGCACUGGCUGUAGAAUCCUGUUAAAACGAUCCCGUCAAGAUCAAUGUGUUUGACGUUUCUACUGUACCAUCGUUAGCGCUAAAAUUCAAAUGAACUACCUAUUAUUGCGACGUUUGCGAUGCUAAUCUCCUAACAAUAUUUUUUUUUUUUUUUUUUUUUUUUUUUUGGUCAGCGGUCAUUUGUGACGUUAACAAGCCUUUGUUACGAAUGCUAUUAAGAUUGAUAAUUCAAAGUUGCCAUAGCUGUACUAGCCCACAAAAACAAAUACUAUGUUCGUUAAUCAUUUUUCGCAAGUAGUAACGAUGAUUCAUUCGAAAACAUCCUGUUUUAACAACCCUUUGUACGAAUGCUAUUAAGAUCCACAAGUUUAAAUCGACAGGCUUGCUAGCGCACAAAAACAAAUGUGAUGUUCGUUAAUCAUUUUCGCAAGCAGUAACGAUGAUUUGUACGAAAACGCUGGCUCUAGAAUCCCGUUAAAACGACGGCAUCAAGAUCGGUGCGUUUGACAUGUUUACUGUACCAUCGUUAGCGCUAAAUACAUUUAAAUGAACUAGCUAUGCAUUAUUGCAACGUUUGCGAUGCUAAUCUCCGAACAACUUUUUUUUUUUUUUUUUUUUGCCUGCAGUAUUUCGUCAUUUGUGACGUUAACAAGCCUUCGUACGAAUGCUAUUAAGAUUGAUAAUUCGAAGUUGCCAUAGCUUUACUAGCGCACAAAAAACAAAUGCAAUGUUCGUUAAUCAUUUUUCCCAAGUAGUAACGAUGAUUAGUUCGAAAAACGCUGGCUCUAAAACCAUCCUGUUUUACCAACCCUUUGUACGAAUGCUAUUAAGAUCCAUAAGGUUAAGUUGCUGUAGGUUUAUUAGCGCACAAACUUUUUUCGUUUCGGCUAUAUUACAUAUUUUUAUUCUCAUUGUACUGCCAUUUAUUGGUAACUAACUAAAUUUAAUCUAAAAAUUGAUUCAUUUUAACCUAAUAGUAAUUUACAUAACUCUACGUUUGUUGAACUUUUUUUUUUUUUUUUUCUCAUCCAUUUUGGUAAGCGACUAAAUUUAAUAAGCUCUGAAAUUAAUAGAUAUCCCUCUUCUUUUUCUUUUCAUUUAUUUGCUUCGCUGUUUAACUGCUGUAUGUGCUUUAGGAACGGAGUGUCAUUUUUCCACUAACUUCUGCCGUUAUGCAAACAGUGGUCAUGCACGUAAAACCGAUCCGGUUUUAAGUGCUCCUGGUCUUCCUUGACUUUUCGAAGGUUUUUGAGGUUAAUCCUUGAACUGUUUUCCGCACAAACCCUGACAGUUUCUCAUUCAGGAAGUAUUUAAGUGUAUUGUCUUUUUCGCCAUUGACGUUCUUUGCUUGUUAUGAGUUAUUAUAGUAUUUGCUAAAUAAAUGCCUGAGGCUGCAGAUAAUUUUUUUUGUUUGUUUGUUUUUGUUUUUCUUAGUUAUACCUCAACUAUUUCUAAUAUUUGCAUAGACUGGAGCUGUAUAUUCUGAAAUUUGAAAUUGUAUAUUUUUAGCACUUGUAUUUAGCCAUUUUAUGUAGUGGUUGGUGCAUAGCUAUUUUUGUGCACUGGGAUGAGUGCUAUAUUUUUCAAUAAACUGUAUUGAACUUUUAUAUAAACCCCA